AUGAAGACGGCGGUGUUCGGACGCGAUUCGGUCGAGUCGAGUUCGCCGUGCGGCGCGCCGCCAUCGCUCACGUUCACGCCGCCCGCCGCCCUCGUGCCGCCGUCGUUGCACCAUACGCGUGGGAACACGCGUGGCGCCACUGGCGGCGGAUCGUCGUCGUCGGGUGGCGGCGGCGGCGGCGGCGCUGGUACGCCGGGACCGAGCGGCACAAUGGGCGCCGGUGGACCGCGCGCGUCGCACUCGUCGCGGCGGACAAGUCGAAUGCACAAUGUGUCAGCAUUAGGGCAUCCGACACGCCACCUCAUCAGCCAUCUUCAUUAUAAUAAGAAGGCGGCAUUGCGUUCGAUCGGUGUGAAUCGCGCGGGGGCUCGCCAACCGCGCCGCACCACGGCUCCCCGCACUGUGAUGAGCAUCAAACUAGCGAUGAUCGACUAUUCGGAUGAUGAGGACGAGCCGACGCCACCGGGAGAAACGACGACACUCGCGCCGAAAAACAAUGGGCUUGAUCCGCUGAUGCUGACGAUACCGCUAUCGCCGUCGCCGUUCUCGGAGAUCACCGCCUCGUCGCGAAAACCGCUGGUCACACGCGAUUCGACGAUAUCCGAAACGGCGCUCGGAUUGAAGGAGCUCGCCAAGAAGGCGAAACCCGUCAAAGAUAUUGCACAUACCUCGCCGUCGUCCUCCUUCAAACAUGCACAUUAUCGGCCAAGAGGUGCUCUUCUCGGGGCCAAUGUCAACACAUUGGCGCCUGAUUUGUGUCGACACAUUUCGCAUCGAACCCGCUGCUUCUUCGCGCGUUGCGCAACACCCCACCACCACCACAAAACAACGCGCACGACAACAUCAGAAGACGUCGACGGCGGCGAACUCCGAUUUCGACUCGUCGGCCUCGACAAAAAACUCACAAUUCAAAACCUGCCGAUUAUUCCGACGUAUUUGGCGGCUGGCGGCGCCGCUGCACCGCCCGUCUUUCGUCCGAUGAGCAGCCGACGGGCGCCGCUGCUCCGUCUGGCGCCCGUCAUCGAAACGUCGGAAGGCGAUGACGAGGUGUUCGAGGAGGAGCAGCACCAGCCUCAUUGUCAUUCGCAAGACGAAGAGCGACAGCGAUUCUUGCCGCCCAAAUCGCGAAGCGAACCGGCAGCGGCGAGAUAUCGAAGUGAGGACGAGGAUCCCGAUGAUGAGAGGUGUCGUCGUCGUGGCGGCGCGUGGAGAUCGUCGUCGUCAUCGCAACUCGCCGCCCUUCAUCGCCUCAACAAUCAGCAAGAGCAGCCGACGCAGCACCAGCACCAGCCGCUGCCGCCAUCGUCGUCGUCGCCGCUGAUCGCAGCCGCCGUCGGUGGCGGCAUGCCGGGCGGACCAUGCUCGGCGCAAAUUCAUCGAUCGGCGACGUCGACGCGACGCAACGCGGCGAUUGCGUCGUCGUCGUCGUCAGCAUCGGCGGGCCGCCGCGCGUCCGCCUUUGUGCGUCGAAUGUCGAUGGCGAUUCCGACGCUAUCCGCCGAUCCGGUCCCGUUUUCAGCGUCGCAUGACAAGAAGGAAGAAGAAGAAGGAGAAGAAGUGAAAGCGGCGAGCAAUUUGGCGAAUCGAUUCGUCGUCGAUCGCGCCUAUCCAUCUCAUUAG